UAGGGACUGAAAACCAAGUGAGAUGAAAGAUUACACUGUACUACACCAGACAUUACAGAGAAGAUAAACACAGCAGAUAGACCCAAGGAGCAACUGCACAACUGUGGGAGACAGCUAGUACCUUCACAGCAUUGCUCAAGUUGGGCAAUGAAACCAUCCUCUGGAAAUAAGGUCAGGGGAGCUUUGACAUUUGAUCAGACCUGAAACUGGUCAAUGAUGUGGCACUUUCCAUCAGAACCAACCUUUCUAAGAUUUGGAUGUGGGUGAUCAAUCAGGGUGAGGCUGGGAGAAGUGUGAGUGGCUCCAAGUGUGAUGACAGCUUGAAUCAUCCAUUCGAUAUUUUCUAAAUAAACCAUUCAAAGAAAUUAUUACACAUUCUGGUGCUGGUGAAGCCUGACCUCCUGGCUCAGGCGUAGGUACACACCAUUAUUUCGCAAGAGGCCCAUUUGUUUUUAAUCAAUUGUUUAGACGUGAAUACAGUGCUGAAAUCCGAGGUGGUGAGAUUUCCUCAUUUACAAGGUGUACCUUUUUCAGGCAUCUCCGUAGAAGGGAACGUACUGAAGUGUGAGAUGAGCAACCAAGCGUUUGUGCCGUCUUUGAAGCCCAUGAAACACCACCGCAUUCACUCCGGGAGGAAGCCAUUGAAAUGCGAUGUGUGUGACAAAUAUUUCUUGCAUUCAUCAACCCUCCUUGAACACCAUCGUAUCCACACGGGAGAGAAACCAUUCAAGUGUGAGGUUUGCAACAAGUCAUUCUCAACAUCAUCGAACCUACGCAGUCACCUACGCAUCCACACUGGGGAGAAACCAUUCACAUGUGAGGUAUGCAACAAAUCGUUCUUGAAGUGUUCAAAUCUGCGCAAACACCAAAGCAUUCAUACAGGGGAAAAACCCUUUACAUGCAAGGUGUGUAACAGGUCAUUCUUACAGUCAUGGACUUUGCUCGAACACCAGCGCAUUCACACAGGUGAGAAACCAUUCACAUGCGAGGUAUGCGAGAAAUCAUUCUCAAUAUCAUCAAACCUCCGCAGACACCAACGUAUUCACACUGGAGUGAAACCAUUCACAUGUGAGGUGUGUAAUAAAUCAUUCUCAAUGUCAUCAAACCUCCGUGCACACCAACGCACUCACACUGGGGAGAAACCAUUUACAUGUGAGGUCUGUGACAAAUCAUUCUCGCAUUCAUCCACACUGCUUGAGCACCAACACCGCCAUACAGGAGAGAAACCAUUCACAUGUGAGGUUUGUGAUAAAUCCUUCUCGCAGUCGUCAAAUCUCCGUGCACACCAACGCAUUCACACCGGGGAGAAACCAUUCAAGUGUGAAGUGUGUGACAAAACAUUCUCGCGGACAUCAAACCUCCGUGUACAUCAACGCAUUCACACUGGAGAAAAACCAUUCGCUUGUGAGAUGUGCAACAAGUCAUUCUCAAAGUUGACCAAUGCCCUUGCCCACCAACUCCGUGCACACCAGAGAGUUCGCCCAGGGGAGAAACUGCUCACCUGUGAGGUGUGUGACAAAUCAUUCUCAAAGUUAUCGACCCUCCGCAUACACCAGCGUAUUCACACAGGAGAAAAACCAUUCAAGUGUGAGGUGUGUGACAAAGCAUUCUCACGGUCAUCGAAUCUCUGCGUACAUCAACGCAUUCACACAGGGGAGAAACCAUUCACAUGUGAGGUGUGUAGCAAAGCUUUUACUCAGUUAUCAAGCCUCUUGGUCCAUCAGACAAUCCACACAGGGGAGAAACCCUUCAAAUGUGAGGUUUGUGUUAAAGCUUUUCCAACAUCUACGCGGCUCCUGAUGCACCAGAGGAUUCACACAGGGAAAGAACCCCUCAAAUGUGAGGUUUAAAACAAAUGGUUCUUGGCAUUAUGGAAACUUGGCUCCAUGAGAGGAUCUAGCAUCAGAGGGGAUUAACCCUUCAGGUGUGAAGUUUGUGACAAGGCUUUCAUAUAGUCAGCAUGCCUCCUGAUACAUCAAUACACUCACACAUGGGAGAGUCUCGUAUGUGAGUUUGUCAUAAAAUUGUUUUGAUAAUCACAUUGGUUGGAACAUCAAUGAACCCACACAGGAGACAAACCCUUCCAGUAUGAUUUGUGUCAGGAUUGUUCCACCCCCACUUCCUCUUUCACCAGAUACCAACGUCUUAACAUGGUCUUGGAGUUGAAUCACCCCUUCUGUUGCACUGAGAGCUGCCUGUGUUCACACAGUGCUAACACGGAGGGCUGUUGUUCCAAAGCAUUGUCUAUCUCAAACCUCUCCUUCCAUCAGGCCAAUUGUUUCAAGAAAGUCAAUUUAACAUUUGACCAAAUCACUAAACAUCACCAUGUGAAGAUAUAGAUAAAUCUGAGAAGCUCCUGUAUAAACUCAGCAUCCUUCCAGUGCAGGUACAAGUCACUCACUGACUGUCACUCUGACCAAGAAAGUAAUCAGAUAAUCAGUGUUUAGAAAGGCUUCACUCUUGCUCAGUGAAGCUGCUGUCUGUCUGCCAGAAAGCUGGAGUUGUGCCCAUGAAGAAGUGUUUGAAUGCAAUUUCAAGAAGCCUGGGAAGUGAAGUCCCAGAAAGAAGGGUGACAUUCCAGCAUAUGAGCUGUAGUUAACGCAGCCUGUCACAGAGUGGCCUUUUAAAGUUUCAAAUCUCGGACUUUGAAUGAGACAAAAUUGGAAAUCUUUGUAAAUUUUAGUCAGAUUUCAUGACCCGCUGUGUCAUUAACACUUGGUGCGGUUUCUGAGGAAUCUAUCUUGUUUUCAUUUGCUAUUGAUGACCUCUGAUUGAGCUCUCUAUGUCACAUUUUUAGCUCAUGUUAAUGUUGGAUGUUCAAAUGUAAUUUAUGUCAAUAUUGUCAAUUUUUUUAAACUUUGUACUGUAAAGUUUGUUGUUUAAUCAAAUCUGUGGAAUCUUGUGGCUUUAUUUUCGGGUAAGUACCUGGGUAAGGUCAAGGAUUGGAGGGAAUUUGAGGACAGCAGCUUGUAUCUGUAGAGCACUUGAAUAUAAUAAAACCAAAGUGUUUCAAAGGGAUAUGAUCAGACAAAAAUUAAUUCAGAGAUAGAGAAAGAGGUAUUAGGAGGGGCUGUCACUAAAAUUAUGGCAUCAGUGGAAUUUAGGGAGAUUCUUAAAGGACAGAAGAGAGAUAAAGAUGCAGAGAGGUUUAAGGGGGGAAUUGUGAAGGAUGAAACUUGAAUGAUGUGGCUGCCAAUGGCUAGGUGAAAGGUAGAAACAUAUACAAAAGGUAAGACCUGGAGCAGUACAGAGAUCUGAAUGAGAUAAGGGGCUAAGCAUUACAAAGUUAGGGACAGGGCAAGGUCAUGUACUUGACUGCCAGGAUUUGGAAUGAGAUAAAAUCAUGCGACUUUAGUUGGUGAUGUGCAUUAUAGGCAGAUCUUCUUCAAGUGACAGGUGUUUGAGUAAUAUGUUUGCACUCUCCUGUCUGGGAGGACUGCUAUCCCGGAUAUGGUGAGUGAGUUGGGGGGUGAGUCUUGACAGACCAGAGUUCCCUCAGCCCUUCAAACCUUGAUGUAAUACUUUACACUCUUCCGAGAUUCAUUUCAAGUCCUGGUAAAGAACUUGAGUCAUUAAUUCUUUAUUAUUUUGAUUAAUUCAGAACUUUGAUGCAAGAUAUGCAGAAUAUUGCGUUGCAGCCUGGCUAUUGGUAUAUCAAUCUGCUGUGUAGAGUUAUUACUUGCAAUAAAUCAA